AUGGAAUUCAACCCCCCACCCCCACCCCCACCAUCACCAUCACCCCCUCCACCACCCUCCCCAUCGUCCUCCCCCCCACCCCCCUACACCCGCACCUCCUCCCCCUCCACGCCCUCCAUAAUCCAAACCCAAGCCACCAGCGCCGAGCUAACCUCUCUCCUCCUCCUGCGCGCGCAAGCCCGCGAAUUCCACAACCCGAUCCACUCGCACACGCAGCAACUGACUCAACAAACCGAGCGCAUCACGCUGCUCGAGCAUAAAAACCAACAGCUGCAAACACAGAUGCAGAUGUUCUGGACGGAGUUUGAUCGGCGACAUGAUGAGGGAGUACGGGAGAGAGCGGUGCAGGGGUGUUUGGAAUCCUGGAAUGAGUUUUUGAGGUUAUUGAAGGGGGUUUUGGUGGUGGGGGUGCUGGGAUUGGUGUAUUCUUUUCUGUGUCUUUUGUUGAAGAUUGGGGGGGUGGAGGGGAUUUGA